AGAGAAGAAGCAGGCAGUUUUGAGACAGGUGGAGCUGGAUCAAGCUGUGAAAGUGAUUUGCUUGAAGCUGGUUGACUAUGAUCUGUCAAACUCUCUGAAGGACCGGCAUGGAGAUUGGUGCUCUGAACUGUUAAUGGGGACAUGGGACUCACGUUGCCAUUGAUCAUUUGUGUGGACUUAACCAGCGAAGAGCAACAGAAGACGCUAGAAAGACAGUGGGAAUUAUAGCAGUUUUUCAGGUCACCAAAUCUUGUUAUUUUAAUUUCUGUCUGGAAGAAUGUCUGAGCAAGGUAAAUUGAACCAGGAGACAGCAGAGGAAGCUGUGAAAGAGCAGGAGACUGCCAUCUCUGAAGCAAACCUGGACAACUGUAUCCUUAAUAAAUCUGAAAGCUCGGAAAUAGAGGAGAAAGAGGAAAAGCUGAGCGAUGCCAAGUCAGAGCUGCAGGUGUUACUGCCAACAAAAAGUUGUUAUGCAAAGCCUAAGAAGAAACGAGGUGCAAAUCAGAACCAGCAGAAAAAGAGAUCCAAGUCAGGAGCUAAAGGAAAACUUGUCCGGAGCCUUGCUGUGUGCGAAGAGUCAUCCCCUCGCCCGGGUGCAGAAAAUCUUCAUGAUAAUCAGGAAUCAAUCCAACUACAGCUUUCAAGUUUUCCUAGCUUGCACGAAGAAGAUAAAUCUAGUAAAGAUGACUCUGAGAAAGAAAAGGAGAAGGAUAAAAAUAAAGAAAAAGAUAAAAACAGUGAAAAGAACAAGAUCAGAAUGUUAUCGAAAGAUUGCAGCCAAGAGUAUACAGACUCAACAGGCAUAGAUCUGCAUGAGUUUCUCAUUAACACAUUGAAGAAUAACCCCAGGGACAGGAUGAUACUCUUGAAAAUGGAACAGGAAAUUAUUGAUUUUAUUAGUGACAACAAUAAUCACUAUAAAAAGUUCCCUCAGAUGUCAUCAUAUCAGAGGAUGUUAGUGCACAGAGUGGCAGCUUACUUUGGGAUGGAUCACAAUGUGGAUCAGACUGGAAAAUCUGUAAUUAUCAACAAGACCAGCAAUACAAGAAUACCAGAGCAAAGGUUUUCUGAACAUUUAAAAGAUGAAAAAGGUGAAGAAUCCCAGAAGCGAUUUAUCUUGAAGCGAGAUAACUCUAGUAUUGAUAAAGAAGACAAUCAGCAAAACAGAAUUCUUCCAUUUAGAGAUGACAGACGAAGUAAAUCAAUUGAAGAGAGAGAAGAGGAGUAUCAGAGAGUGAGGGAGAGAAUAUUUGCACAAGAUUCAGUUUGCUCCCAGGAAAACCUUUUUGUGGAAAACAGUAGGCUGUUGGACGACACUAGUAUAUGCAGUGAUACCCAUAAGAAAAGACAGCUGUUUAGGGGUAACAGAGACAGCACGGGGAAGGCAUCUGGCAGUCGGCAGAGCAGUACGGAGAAUGAAUUGAAGUGGACAGACCACCAGAGGCCAUGGAGCAGCACAGACUCAGACAGCUCAAAUCGAAAUUUGAAGCCAGCCAUAACAAAAACAGCCAGUUUUGGAGGUAUAACCGUCCUGACAAGGGGAGAUAGCUCGUCAAGUAACAGAAGUACCGGCAAACUGUCUAAAACAGGCUCAGAGUCUUCCAGCAGCGCUGGCUCCUCAGGAUCGCUGUCACGAAUACAUCAGCCUCUCCAAAGUGCAUCUCUUGUCCCUGGGGUGACAGCCAGCUCUUCAGGCAACGUGUCCUACCCUGAGAAUGGGAUGAGUGGCCAGGUGGCCCCCAGCAACACCAGCUAUAUUAUUCUUCCACUUGAAGCUGCAGGGAUACCGCCGGGCAGCAUCCUUCUCAACCCGCACACAGGCCAACCAUUUGUAAAUCCUGAUGGGACACCGGCAAUAUACAAUCCUCCCAGUGGCCAGCAGACGAUGAGGAGCCAGAUGGUGGGACAGUCUCAGCAGCAGCCUUCAUCCCAGCAGCCUCAGCAGGUUCAACAGCCACAGCAGCAAAUGGCAAGUCACCUUGUCACACAGAGAGAUGACAUGACAACACAGUUUAACCAGAUGAGCUUAAGUCGUCAAUCAUCAGGAGACAAUCCCGAAUCGCCUUCCGGUCCUGUCUACCCAUCGCCUAUCCUGCAGCAGCCUGCCCAGCAGACGGGUUACAUCAUGGCUUCCCCCAGUCAGCAGCUUCCCCCGGGAAGCUUCACAGGUUCAGGGCCACCAGUAUCCCAGCAAGUGCUGCAGCCACCGCCCCAGGGCUUUGUGCAACAGCCACCACCACCUGCUCAGAUGCCAGUGUAUUAUUACCCAUCUGGUCAGUACCCUACCUCAACAACUCAGCCGUACAGACCCAUUGCCUCAGUUCAGUACAGUGCACAGCGGAGUCAACAGAUCCCACAGACUGCACAGCAAGCAG